UUCGUAUUGUUAUCUUAGAAACCUGUACGUUUGCACGAAAUGACUUUCAUUAUGCUCGGUUCCUAUGUUUGGCGAAUCCUGGUAGUCAUCAUUGUAUGUCUUGUCUUAGCAAAUCCCCUCUUUGUAUCCCAGUAUUAUACUUCUGUAGAAGACCUGGACGACACAAUAGGCGAUGAAGCAUUAAUCAAAAAUUGUUCCAGUCCUUCUUUAACCACCUGUGCCUCAAGAUGUCAUGAUGCGUGCACAUGCUUUGCCUACAACAGCAAAGACAACAGAUGUGAUCUCCUUGAAAAGUGUUCUGGAGCCUUACCCACAAGAACCGAAAAUGGAUGGCACUACUUCCGUAAAACAGAAGAUAUCUGUAGACAGCCACAAAAUAAAGGGAUGUGCAGGGCGUUGCAUAAGAGAUGGUGGUAUAAUCAUCUAACCAAUCAUUGUGAAGAGUUCAUCUAUAGCGGUUGUCAAGGAAACGAAAACAACUUCAAAACAGAAGAAGAAUGCAAACAACGCUGCUGAAGAACGUCGAUAUUACUGCUGUAAAAUAAUACCGGCUCAAAACAGCUAAUUCUCCUUAAGACGUUUGACGACCAAAUGUUAUCAUUCGUGAUUAGAACGGAAGUCCGCCAUUAUAUAAAGAUGUGUUAUUCGCCCUUAAUUCUAUUUUUUAUUCCAAAGCGCAGACUUUAAAGAUCAUUAUAUUUGUCUAGGAUACGUUUGAAAUUGAGCUUAAUAAAUUUGUUAACAGAAUUACAUUGAUAGUACGGGAUAUCAGGACUAUAAAAAAUUGGAACUUUUCAGAAGAAGAAGUCACUUAGGCAACUUUUGUACAAACAAACUCGUGAUGCUAAAGACAACUCAUUUCUCAUAUAAAAAAAAAAGAUCUGCCUGAUUUGAAGAUUAUUCUUUUUUAAAUAUCACUAGCGAAUACCCUAGUACAAAAGCA